UACGUCGCUCCAUCCAUCUUUGCCCCUUUGUUCUCUCUGGCAUUCCAGAUUCGAUAGUAAACGAGACAAUAGAUUCAACAAAGACGAACGAGAUGGUCGAUCAGGCGAAGCAGGAGCCAAAAACGAUGGUGUGGUGGGACAUCAACAGCUGUCCGGUUCCCGAUGGUUAUGAUGCUUCUAUGGUCGCUCAAUCGAUAGAAUUAGCCUUGAAAAAGGCAGGCCAUACUGGUCCUCUCACCAUCACUGCCAUUGGUUACCUUAACUACACCUUAAAACAAAUGCCAGGUGUUCUUCACGCGAUUUCUUCCUCUGGAAUCCUUCUGAAAAACGUUAUUAAUGAUUUCAGAUACAUUUUAAUGGAUUUGUCAUCAUGGGCGUAUGCCAAUCCAACUCCCGCUACUUUGAUGUUUAUUUCCGGAGCUGUUUCACACACUGCCUCUAUAUGUUCUAAAUUUUCCUUAUUGCAACGUUUGGGGCAUACCACUCUUCUGGCAUGUCCUCAAGAAGUGUGCUUUGCUGUCCUUCCUAGAGAUUUGCUCUGGGAAAGCUUACUGAAAGAUGGUAUGUCUUCAGGGGAGACAAGAAGACAGAAGCAGUGCUGUGAAACUGCUUGGCUUUGCUCAAUGUGCAAAAACUCUUGCCCACUUACUGAAGGAGACGGGAGCUUCCAAGGCAAAAGCUUUGAAGAUUUUACCUCACAUCUCAAGAGUGAAUAUCACGCACUCUGUGAACUGAGCAUGGUCUCUAGGCCUAUAAGCAAGAAGUUGGCUAAUCUUACAGAAUGCUCUAAUAAGAAAUCAAGUAAGAGGAGCAUUGAAGAAGAAGAAGAAGAAGAAGAAGAAGACCAGUACUGGGAGGAUGAGGAGUGGGAACGACUAACUGUCUAGAGGAGGUUGGGAAGACGAAGAAGAUUGGCACCGGUACUAAUUUGAAUAAGAAUACUACAUAUAUGGAUGGCACAUGGCCUGUGUGAAUCUUUUGUUUAAAGUCUCGUCUUUGAGGUUACAUUUUAUGAACACCUUCUUAAACGAUACCAAUCCUUUUAUUCUAAUAAUAUUGCCGGCUGAUGCUUUUUUAUUAUAA